ACGAAACUGGAGAGAAUUCUGAGAUCAAUUCAGAGAAGCCUACUGCGAAGAGAAGAGGAGGGCAUCACUUGAGGGAGUGAGAGCGAGAGAGAUUACGGAACGGAUUCCGGAGCCUAGGAGAUGAAAGAAGUAAAUACCAGCCAUGGCGAAUCGCCGCCGCCUGAGGAGAGGAAGAAGAAGGAGGCGUUGGGAUGGGUGGAAUGGCUGCGGGGGUGGUUGUGCCUGGCGUAUGAGAUGCUCUUCCAGAGGAUAGCCGCGAGCCACCUGCAGAAUCCUCUGCCUCUCCCUCCCAUCAAUGGUCUUACCUGCAUCGUCACCGGCUCCACUAGCGGCAUCGGCAGAGAAACCGCCAGACAGUUGGCACAAUCAGGGGCUCAUGUGGUUAUGGCAGUCAGAAAUACAAAUGCUGCAAAUGACUUGAUAAAGGAGUGGCAAGAGGGUUGGUCUGGAAAGGGCCUUCCUCUAAAUAUUGAGGCCAUGGAACUUGAUCUUCUCUCAUUGGAUUCUGUUGUGAGAUUUGCCGAUGCAUGGAAUGCACGUGCAGGACCAUUACACGUUCUCAUUAACAAUGCAGGGAUAUUUGCUAUUGGGGAACCACAGAGGUUUUCAAAGAAUGGUUAUGAGGAGCACAUGCAGGUGAAUCAUCUUGCUCCAGCAUUGCUUUCCGUAUUGCUCUUACCAUCUCUUAUUAGAGGUUCUCCAAGCAGAAUUGUCAAUGUGAACUCCAUAAUGCACUAUAUUGGAUUUGUUGAUGCCGAUGAUAUGAAUGUUGUGUCUGGGAAGAGAAAGUACACAAGUGUAGUGGGAUACUCAGGCAGUAAACUUGCACAGGCACGUGUUUUGAAACUGAUUCUUACUUAACACUUCUUGACCCACUUGUUUCUUUCUAUGAUUUCUUCACCACCAUUAUGUGCAGUCAAGCUGAAAUUCUAUAAAAACUGUGUGGUAUAAUUUGAUUGUCAACAAGGAGAGGUAACAUGUGCUAUACCUUAUCAUUUGUUAUUUCUCUAGAAAAAAGCUUGACAUCAUUG